CCAGUCAUGAGGUAAGCUAUAGCUGCAGGUUUUUUCAAUUGUCGUCGAUAGAGAGUGCUGGCUGGUGUCGUUCUAAAUGGAAUCCAAAAGUUUUCUCAAAUACGUGGAGUUUUGAGUCAGUGAGUCCCAAGCGUGUGCAUCUUUCUGCUGUUUAGAGCUACGAACAACGUGUACUGAAAUUGGAACUUGGACUUUUGCUUCUCUUUGGACUUAAGUUAAUGUUUUUUAUAACCUAGCUUCGUCAAAAAGGACCGAUAAGAUCUCUGCAGAAGAAGAUCGGCGGCGUCGUUUGUGGUAACAAAAUGGGCGGUCUUAAAGCAGCAGUCGGGCGGGACUUAGACCCUUCGCUGUUCUCGUUCAGCCUUCUCACAGCCAGUGUGUUAAUAUUAAUACCGUUAGAAGUCUCCUCUCAAUCAAAAAACAAUUUCAAUGCUGAUUAUCGAUCGCAGCAAGCGACUUACUAUCCCAAGAUACCUGCGCAAUACAGUCAAUUUCGAAAUAUGCUUAUGUACCCGUACGACAGAAAUGAUUCCUCGCCUGUAGAUGCAUCAAAACCGGAACACGAGAUGUCACUCACCAAUCGCCUGCCAUAUUUUGGAUUUGCCUACAAAUAUAUCAAGAUCCACACUAACGGCUAUGUGCAUUUCGGCGGAGGUCCAAAAGAAUAUCGACUGCCGGUUCGAUUCCCGCUGGAGCCUGCUGACACGCUCAGCGAGAAGGAUCCAGCCAUCAUCGCAGCAUGGCUAACCUAUCAAGUCUUCGACAAGGAUGUUGCAGAGUCUGGGCUUUACGUCCGACUAGUUAAGAUUAAAAAGCGCCGAGAACUCCGAAACUGCCCCACAAGUAUCCAUGAAAAAACCGAUUGCUGGCUUCAGCGUAGACUUCAUGACGACUUCAAUGGCGGAAUGAUUGGUUCCCAGGGAUUUGCGCCGACCUUUGCGCUCAUUGCCACCUGGAGAAAUACUACGGUUCCACAACUCGAGAGGCGUGGCCCGAAACAGAAGACCAACACGUUCCAAAUAGUCAUCGCUUCUGAUGAAAUCCGAUCGUACGUUAUGCUGAACUACGAAAAAAUCGACUGGAUCUCUUCUGAAGAUCGGAAAGACGGUACGAACGGUCUGAAUCCGUUCAUUGGCUUCAACGCCGGCAACACUACUAGAGCUUACGAGUUCUUCCCGUACUCACAGCAGCCUCGAGUCUCACAGAUUACAGAAGGCGGAGAUGAACAAAUGAAGGGCCGUUACAUAUUCCAGGUCAAUGAGGAAAUCUAUACAGGAACAUGUGUCAACUGGGAGCUGGAUCCCCAACUCGUUACUCAGCGACUCCGUUUAUCAUUCUUUCCAAAAUACGCCAAUAUGCUCGGCGGAACCAUGAUCAAUGUAACAGGACCAUGCUUUCCGAAGCAUGCAAAGAUAGAAUGUCAAUUUCAGGAUAUGAGUGGUGGUCGUUUUCCGGCCAUCUACCGAAAUCGCCAUCAUGUGUCGUGCUACAUGCCGCAAGUAUUUUAUCAUGGUUACGUGGAUCUCACUGUUACCAUUGAUGGAGGUGACGCCUUUUUCUAUGGUCGUUUCUACAUUCAGCCACCGGAGCUUGCGAGCGAGGACAUUCUUAUUGUUAAUGACGCUGAUAAAGAGGAGAAACCUGAAAGCAUGAGACUGCAAUGGAAGUACGACAAGCUGACGUCAUUUCUAGACGACAAUCGAGAAGUUGGCAUUCAUCUUUGGGGCUUUAAAGAUAACCAAGAAUACCCAUCCCUAACUUAUAUUACUCAACUAAGCACCGCAACUGUAAUGGAUCGCGAGAUAAAUCUUAAUCUUGCAAGAUACGCAAACGCUAACGAUCGUGAGAAGCUUGGCCUGCAGUUUGGCUUUAUCAGCGUGAAUAUUACGAAUCCAAACCUGGCAAAUCUAGUAACCGAUGAAAAAUCUCCGAUGAUCUGGAGUCGGCCAAUGCCUCUAGCAUGGUAUUUCUGGCCUCAGUGGGAAUAUCAGUUUGGCAAAUAUUGGAAGGAUUCUUUUUGCAACGAUUGGUUCGAACAUGAACGAGAAGGAGAUAAAUUUGCGAUCACACUCUGGAGAUGCCCAUGUACAUUGCGUCAAUCGGACUUAGAUCGGGGCCGUUUCGCACCCGAUACACUCUGCAAUACGUACAGCCGAAAAUGCGAUCCGUUCUACAAGACGGCUUUUCAGUGCAUCAAGUCAGGACGGCCUAGCAUAGGGGGUUCCGGACAAACUUGUUGCUACGAUCCUGAGGGGGAGCUGAUCCUCACUGCAGACAGCAUGUAUGGUGGCAAGCCACACCGGUACUUCAGUUACGGUAUCCUGCCGUACAAUCAACGUUCAAAAGUGGCAACCCUUGCUACCUGGCAGGCUGACAUGAUGCCCUUCUUCACCUGUUGUCAAUGGCAACCCGAUAAAGAUGAUUCGAGUUCGUGCCAAAAGUACAAAUGGUACCGCACAUCGCAAGACUGUUCCGCCUACCAGCCGCCUGGCUUCGCCUCAGUCUUCGGCGAUCCGCAUUUCCUCACAUUUGACGGAACCAACUACACGUUUAAUGGACACGGCGAAUUUUCGCUUGUACAUGCUGACAACGAAAAAGCCAAACUCAGUAUCCAAGGUCGAUUUGAGUCUCGAAAACGAGAACAUGCUUCUGACUUUAUUAUGAACGGGACCUACCUCUCAGGUAUUGCUGCUCGAGAUAACGUCUCAUCGACUGUUGAGUUCCACCUUCGUCCGCUCGUAGCGAGAUGGCAGUAUCAGAUGUAUCUGAUUGUAGAUAAUGAGUAUAUCUACUUCUGGGACGACUCAAUGAGAACGCAAAACUUCAAAGGCGUAUCAAUUUACCAGCCUACUGGCUAUUACAAUAUGUCGAAGAUCGUAGCCAUGUUUGACUCAGGCGCCGGAGUUGAAGUCAGUGUGGUCAACGAGCAGCUUGUUCUGAAUGUGUUCCUGCCUAUCGAGUUCGUGAAUAUCACGAGCGGUUUGCUAGGAAGCUGGGAUAAUCGAGCAGGCAACGAUUUAUCUGGCGAUCAACGAGACUUCGGAAACUUUGCGAGUCAAACCGACAUCGAAACAGAUAGCGAAUUCGGAAACAGGCAUCGACUUAACGAAUCAGCAUCACUAUUCAAUCAUCAACUGUUUGGAUAUAAAUUUGGCCAUUAUGACAAUGUAUACUUUCGACCGCUCUCUGUAUCUUCACGGGAAAUCACAGUUCCUUUAAAUGCCACCUUUCGCGAACGGGAUCUGGAGGAAAUUUGUGCAACAUCGCGGGCGUGUCGCUUUGAUUACAUUGUGACUGGAAGCAAAUCCUAUGCAGCAACGACGAAGCUCGUUGAAACAUCGGCUCGAGUUAUUUCUGCGGAGGUGAGACGGACCGAAAUUCGUUGUCAGGCCCUUGAUAAACCUGCAUUCGGACUGAAAUCGGAAAUCAGAAACUUCGUAGGCAAGACUGUUCGUUUUACAUGCCAGGAGGGCUACCGUUUAUACGGUCACGAAUACCGUCAGUGUAAAGAGACGGGUUUGUGGUCAUGGGGAGAGAACGCCUCGUGCAAGAGUACUCGUGUGCAUAUUACAUCGAUGGUUGCUAUUGCGUUGGGAAUCUUCCUUCCAACAGUUCUGCUCAUUUGCUUCGUUUACUUCUGCUUCUGCCACUUGGGCAGUCGUGAGGAAAAAGGCGAUUAUAACACGAAGGAGCAAGGACUGCACCAAACCUUUAUGGAAAAGAUGCCUCUACAAGAUGAGCCUCAAGGUAACCCUCGAGGGGCGUAUCGACCAGCACAACGCCCCUCAGAACAAGCUGUCAACCCAUAAUAAGGUUACCUGCUAGGCCAUUAUCCCCAAUAAGGCGACUUCUAUUGACAGAGAGCACCUUAGUAAACUAUACAAUCACAGUCAAAUGAAGUCUACUGAAAGUGUAUAUAGAGCGACAAAAAAUAUAGAUCCUAUAAUAACAUUGCGUUACUACUUUGAAAAGUAUUGCUAUGAACGACCGAAAUACUGCCGAAUAUAAACGAGUUUCUAGUCAGAUACUCGACAUCUACCUUGACGUAGCACCGAAUACCCAUUGAACCCUAGUCUACACCUUAAGGCCCAUGCAGCCACGGUGUCAACCCAUACGCACGAGACACGCUCAAAUGUGCGAUGAAGCCAGCAUAUCCUGGCGCUUGUCCCUCGAAGGACGAAUAUAAUCCGCCGCGCGAUAACAAUUCUCUAUCUGGAUUUUCCAAUUUAUUUAGCCUAACAAACACGUAAAUAGAUGAAAAGUUAACGAGAAGAAAUAAACACUAUUUAUUUAGUUUUCUAUAUUAUUACCAUUCAUAUGUGUUUACGUCAUGAUAUUCUCAUUCGUCAUGAAUGACGAACUCUGAAGUGCGCAGCUGGUAGAUAGGUUAAGCACGCUCAGUCAGCUUGAACUUAACUCGAGUGGAAUAUCCGAAAAAAAAGCUGAUUGCUAUUUACGUAAGAUGCUUGAUAAAAAAGUUACGUUAAAAAGAGGGUAACUUUUCUACUAAUAUACGCAUUUUCUAUAAUGUCAACUGUCGACUCGCAAGAUAUUUUGUGAGGGGUCUUACUUGACAGUAUGAUUUGCGUUAAAUGAACAUCUUGUCCGCAAUAUGAGGCAAUCUUACAUUGCUGGAUUCGAUCUUGAUCUGAAAGCCAUCAAUUUACUUCGGCUGAAAAAAUAUGGCUCGGAAAAAAUGGCUGAGAAAACAAA